ACGGUUGUUACUUUUUUUGAGGCUUUGUUAUGGUUUCCCAAUUUUGUUUACAACAGCUUUUAGAUUUAUGAAAUGUUAUCCAAGGGUUAAAAUUAAACAACAAUUGUUCUAGUUUUACUUUUUUAUAUUGCAAACACUUCAAAUUCUGUACGAUAAAAUAUUGAAUUCUGUUUCAAACAACAAAUUUUCUUUUAAACAAGAUAUUUUAAUCACAAAAGACGAAAUGAGUGAUUAUCCAGACCCUGAAGAGGAAUAUGAGCUCAUGUAUGCGGAUGAUCUAGAGUUGCUACGUGAAAUGGAUGAUGAUAAUGAUACAAAUCCAGUGAGAAAAAAAACAAAUCCCGCCAAACGAAGUCUUGACUUUUCUGGUCCAAUCGCUGCAAAAUCUUCCUCACUUAUACCAAAUAAUGCUACAGAUAAUAAUCAAAACCCUAAUAAUUCGUUAAGUUUGUCACAAAGUUUACAACCGUUAGAAGACCUACUAACUCAAGAAAAUACAUCAAAUGGGGGAGAAGACAUACUCACACAAAUUAAUGAAAAUCUGUCAAACAAAAGAACAGCUGAAGACUUGUUUGGUGAUAUUAAUGACAUAGAUUUUGAUAAUUUGGAAUUGCCAAGUAAAAGACAAAAGACAGAUGAAGAAAAUGAUAUGGAUUUGAUAAAUAAGAUUCUUGAGGGUAGAAAGAUUAGGCAAAUGUUGGCAGAACCUAGUAAAGGCUACAUUGAUAAGAAACCAAAUUUUGAUGUUAAAGAUAAUUUAACAAGGAAUAUACCAAGAUGGCCGUUUGUUCCCUUUACCAAAUGGGAUGGAGACAGAGUGUAUGUCCGCUUGGAGUCAGAAGAGUCAUGGGAAGAAUCUCUUGAUAGAGUUACAGAGAAGUUGACUCUACAGGCUACUUAUGCUGCCACUUGGGAAGAGGCUAGAAAGAUUUUAGAAGCAAAGAAUCAACAAAAGGAAUCCAACGAAUUGGUACAAGAAACAACAACUAAUGACAGCGAAACAACUGACAGUGAAAUGAGUGAUCUUUGGGUUGAGAGAUAUCGUCCCAAGUCAUACAUUGAUCUAUUGUCUGAGGAGCCAGUCAACAGAGCUUUGUUGCAUUGGUUGCAUUUGUGGGAUAAGGCAGUUUUUAAAAAAGACGUUAAAACAAAAGAGCCACAGCAUCGCAACACGUUCAGCAAGCGUACGGGCCAGUUCCAGCUCAGCAAUAAAUGGAAAGGCAAGAAAGAAAACGAACCGGAAGUAGACGAUGAUGGCCGACCGCAUCAUAAAGUGGCUCUUCUUUGCGGGCCUCCCGGUGUUGGAAAAACUACGUUAGCGCAUUUAUUGGCUAGACUUGCAGGUUACAGGCCAGUGGAACUGAACGCUUCGGACGAGAGAAGCACAGAAGCGUUUCAGACGGCGUUACAGAGCGCAACACUCAUGAGGUCCGUACUCGAUGCUGAUAGAAGACCCAACUGUCUCAUACUAGAUGAAAUAGACGGUGCCCCGAUACAGACAGUGGAGUUGUUAGUCAAAUGGUGUACGGCCGCCGCCAGCAAGAAGGAAGACGGCAAAAAGAAGACCAAGGCGCAACCGCUGAAAAGACCCGUCAUCGCUAUAUGCAACGAUUUGUACGCUACGUCUUUGAGGCCGCUGCGGCCAGUAUCCCUGAUAGUGACAGUUGGAUCAAUAACCUCAGCCCGUUUAGCAGCGCGGUUGUCUAUAGUGGCGAAAUGUGAGAAACUGCGCAUAAACCCGCGUGUGCUGUCGGCCUUAGCUGCGCGUGCGCAGGGCGAUAUCAGAGCCGCUCUGCACGUGUUAAGUUUUCUCAAAGCCAGGGCUAAAGCGCAGGUGAACAUAGAGGAUGUAGAGAACGCGUCAAUCGGCACCAAAGACAACGCCAAAAGUAUAAUGCAGGCGUUGCAAGCGUUAUUCACUGUCACAGAUACCGAUCCAAAUGCGAUCCUUAAGACUAUACAAGCGGCCGGUGAAUAUGACAGAUUAAUAGACGGCAUUUUCGAGAACUACCUCACAGUCCGCAGUGACUCGAGGCUGCUUAUAGCCAGCGAGACGAUGUCGUGGCUGCGGCUGUACGACACGAUAAACAGCUGGAUACUACGUCACCAGAACUACUCGCUGUAUUCCAUGCUGCCGAUAUGUGUAGCCAGGUGUCACAGUAUACUGGCUACCAGGCAGCCAGUCAAACUGAGAUUUCCUAUGCAAGGACAGGAGAUGUUUCGAAAGAAGACUGAACUAGAUAGCAUAGUUUGGUCGGUCUGGCGUGGCAGUACUGCCAGCGUGGCCACGACCCGCUCAGCUUUACGCUUGGACAUACUGCCCUUACUGCCGUACUUAUUAUCACCCGUCCUACGAUCUGCUAAUAUACAGCUAUGCAGUGAAACCGAGCGUAAAUCACUAGCGACUUGCGCGGGCGCAAUGUGCGACUACGGCCUCCAGUACAUACAGCAACGCACGCCGGAAGGGCUGUACGCCUUCGUGUUGGAGCCCGAUGUGUAUAAAGUUGCGUUUUUCGGCAACGAAGACUGCGUACGGCCGCCGCCUGCGGUGCGUCAAGCGAUCGCAAGAGAACAACAGUUGGAAGUUAUAAGGAGAAACGAUGAAAUGAUGAGCCGCAUGAGCAGUCGAAGUAAAAGCAGUCAAGCGGCGACCUCAAAGCCGAAACUUGACACAAAAGAUACAGCUGCCAGGGAAGUAAAGGAGAUGCGAAUUCCAAACCACCUACAGCGGCUCCAACCAAAAGCGGUGCAGAAAAUAACUCCACAAGUACAAAAAGAUUUUUUCGGGCGGAUUGUUCCUGUAGCUCAAGUACAGAAACAAGACGCAGUGUCAGACGUGAUAUCUUCCAGCAGUGUUUUCUACCAGUACCGGGAGGGCUUCAACAACGCGGUGCGACGUAACGUUCGGAUGCGCGAUUUGUUUUAAGACUGGCUCAGCUGGCCCGUGUCCUUCCAAAGGGCACCGCCAUCGCUUAAAGCAGCAUUAUUUUAAUAUUUAUUACGCUAAAGUUUCAGAAUAAAUGUAUUAUGUUCCAUAUUGUUUGGGCAUCAAGGCUGUCAUAUUAAAAUAAUACUGUUUCAUGAGACCCUAGUAAGUAAUUGAAUACCCCUUUUCCAAUAGGAGUUUUAAAAAAACUCAUAUUGGCGCAUCGUUACAAUUCGUUUUUAAUAUGUUUGAAAUUGGAAAGCAAUGGUUUGAGGAGCUAUUAAGCUCAGUACUUUUUUAUAUUUGUAAGUGCUUUUGAAAUGAAGUAUAAAAUAACUUUCGUUUCUUUUGUACAAUAUAUUUAUUACAAAGAGA